CCGCCUGUUGCGCGGUCCAGGUCUUGAUCUUUCCCGAACUUGCGCAAAAAUUCUCGACCCCGCCGUGAUCCGUAGUCGUCUUUCUAACUGAACGAGAGAACGAGGAAAAAAGAAAGAGAACGCGAGAACGCGGUAGUCACUUGAUCGGCGUUCGCACGUCAACGAUCGAGGAUCUUUCUCCGGGAAGGUGCAGCCGCACAGAUAGGAAACUCCUGUUCCCGAGACGACGUCUCGCGAGAAGUAGGUCGCGCCAGAGAUCUCGCCCACGCAUGAUCCCCCCCUAUCGCAGUCUUAUCGGUCCAGGAGUCCGUCAGUGACGCAUCGUGCACGUCCUCGAGAAGAUCGUCGUCGAAGAACAGAGUGGAUCCCGCGUUCAUCCCGCGGGCGACAAUUGUCAUCGAUUGAUACGAGCGAACGCGAUCACAUCCGCCGUCCGUCAAUUAAACGAGAUCGACGCAUUACGUUGUUCCUAAGGGUAAAGGAGCAGGAUUUAUUCCCCAUCGUAGUGAGAGAGGACGCUGAGCGAGGAUGCCCGGUGCCGGUGGUCAACCACCGCAAAGGACCACCUUCCGACCGCCGUGGGUCAAGGAUGGUCCGAAUCCGCUGCCAAUGCCCACAGCGCCCUGGACCCUCAACUCUCGCAGGGAUUCUAAGCCGAAGACCGAAGAAGUUCCGGCUUUCGCCCAAGUCACCUUAAAGAGUGUGCCGAAACCCGCGGAACCGGCAGCACCUUCAUCAGAUGGAUUACCACGUAAACAGAGCAAAAUCACGAUAGUACCAAAGCAACCGAAUAAUGAAAAGACCCCGAGUAGCCGACCGGUGCCAGCGAAGCGGCGCGAGAAUGGACGACAGGAGCCAAAUUCGAAGCCGCAGCUUGAACGACAGAUCCGCAUUGAUAGAUCUCGAUCACGGGGUGACAUUAUACCACUCUCGAAGAGUGAGAGCACCACAGGUGCACCAACUUUAUCGAAGAGCUCGUCGCGAGCGAACUUUCCACCACCGCCACCUCCGCGACCGCCGCCACCACCCCCCAGUCGUACGAUUCUCAAGGACCUGCCGCCUCUCAACGAAAACCAAAUGGAGAAGCUGGAGACAUUAAAAUCUAGGCCAAGGAAACGGCCGGACUGGGCUAGCAUGAUGAAAGAGGUCGAGAGUGGCAAAAAGCUCCGGCACGUCAAGUGUAACGACCGGAGUGCACCCCUGAUCGAGAGGGUGAACAAAGUCACAGCCGAUCCAGCAGGCAAAGCCCACUUCGUAUUCGAAUCUGAAAAGUCGAAUAUGCACAAUCAACUGCUAAAACAGAUCCAGCAGGGCGUGAAGCUCAAGACUGUAAAGACGAACGAUCGUUCGAAGCCUAUGCUGGAGGGAUUGAGGAAAUUCCGACGACAAAUGACCAUUGAGGAACAGAUACAAAAAGCUGAGGAGGCUCCAGUGGAUGAGGACAUUCAAGAUGAAAUGGAUGACAUUGAUGCCGUUAGGGAUGAUUUGCAAAGUACUAAGCAGAUGCUAGCGUUGGAACUUAGGAACAAAGAAGCCUUGGAACGAGAUAAUAAACGAUUGCAGGCGAGAAUUUUAAAUCUCGAAACAGAAGUGGAACGUUUAAAGUUACAAAAGAAUGCCCAGGAAAGCAAGCAACAGGACGAGAAACUCACGGAAUCUUUGAAAAAGGAAGUGCAACAAGCGAGAAAGGAUGCAGAAAAAGCAGAGAAAGAAUUCGCUACUGCCGCCGAAGAAAGAGAUAAGGCUAAAAACGAGUUAGAAGAAAUGAAAAGAAUGUAUGCAGCGCUAGAAAAGCGUAUGAAAGCUGGAAUGGCAUUGGCUGGUUGUCCAAGCGCGAAGGACGUAGCCAGAAUCGCGACGCAAAAGAGCAUAGACAAACAGGAUGUUCAUAGUACGAGCGAGGAGGAAGAGGAGAGCACAGAAGAAGAAGAGGAAGAUGAGGACCCUAAAGCUGCAACGGAAAAACGCGCGCAAAGAGAGCUUAAACUUCUUAAGUCAAAAAUUAAGAAUUUCAAGGACAAGGCUGUGAACGCUAGAAAAGAGAGGCACGCGCUAAAAGAGCAGAUCAAACAGCAACAGAAAUUACUAGCGGAAGAAAAGAAAAAAUACAAGCAGCUGCAGAAGCAAGUUGAUAAAAUGGCGAAGCUGAUGGGGGAUACCGACGACGACGAAGAGGAAGUGGAGGAAGAGGAAGAAGAAGAAGAGACGGAGACUGAGGAAGAGUCAGAGUCUGAGGAAUCGGAGGAAGACGAGUCCGAAUCUGACGACGAACAAGCACCUAUCGAGAAGCGUCAAAACAUUUUGCAAAAACGCGUGAAGAAGCACGAGGGACGACUGGCAUCGUUGAAAAAGGGCAAUUACUUGUUGAAAGCACAAGUAGACAGGAUCAAAGACACUUUGAUAAAGCAGCGAGAGGAUAGUAUCAGCCUGCAGGAGGAUCUUGAUUCUGUCUUAGCCGAACUAGGUUAGACUAAAUACAGCGUAAAUCAAGAAUACAGAUCUGUUCUUUGUGGCUGAAUUAACGUACAUUUGUUGUACUUAAAGUGAAACAGAUACAUAUAUUUAAAAUUUGACGAAAGCGUGCGAAAAGAAUUUCACUACAGUCUACAGGUACAAAGAACAAAUCUUAUUUCCACAUACGGAGAUUGUAUUGUAUACAAAUAUGCACCACGUAUACAAAUAUUACAUAUUGAAAAUAUAGACAAUUGUAUGUUACACAUAUAAUAUUUUUUAAUAAAUUCUUAUUGACCGAAUGCACAAUUUCUCAUAAUAGAUUAUUGAGAAAUAUGUAUAAAUCCACACAGCACACAUCUUUCUGAAAGAUAUCUUCUGUCAGAUAUCUUUUAGAAAGCUUUCUGAAAGAUGUGCUGUAUGGGAAGUAAACGCUCUAUAGAUGAUAUUCUAAAAAUUUAAGAAGUAAAUGUUUAACAUAAGAACUUUAAACAUAUUUUGGUGCUUUGAAUUGAGUUAAGUUAUAGGAAAGUUAAUUUUUUCCCUUUAAAUAUGAUUUAUUUCAAGUACACAGAAGAAACAUCAACUUUAGAACAUUUACGAGAUGAAAUAAAAAAUUGUUUUUAAUUAUGUUAUGUUGACAGCGAUAAUUAAAAAAACUACUAAAAUAUGCUAGCAAAAUUUGUCUUCCAUGCAGGACAUCAUAAACUAUGCGGACUAUGUAAAGUAUGGGGAAUAUAUUACUCUUUGUAUGUUACUUUGUGUUUUUAUCAUCACGUAUAAAUUAAAAGAUGUCUUUUUUAUUUCAGAGAAGAUUUUAUCCACGUUGGAUGAGUCUGAAUAGAUUUUAAAUACACAAUAAGAAAUAAUUGACCUUAACAGA